AAACGCCGGAAGUAGAUCUCUGGCUGUUAUUCAAGGGGCAGCGACGCUCCGGACUGCGGGCGUGUGAGGUACGCAGGCCUCCAGCGGGUUGACAGCGUUCCAGCAAGAUUUUAGGAACAGUUGAGAGGAACUGACGAUGGAUACCCAGAAGGAUGUGCAGCCGCCAAAACAGCAGCCAAUGAUAUAUAUCUGUGGAGAAUGUCAUACAGAAAAUGAAAUAAAAUCCAGGGAUCCAAUCAGAUGUAGAGAAUGCGGAUAUAGAAUAAUGUACAAGAAAAGAACAAAAAGAUUGGUGGUUUUUGAUGCCCGGUGAAAUCCUAAGAAUUCAGAGUAAAAGCUUCACUUUCUUCUGGAUUUCCACAACCAUUUCAAAUUGUAUAGCUUUUGGGUUGUAUGCUUUUCUUUUACGGAUAACACUGUAAUACUCUUCCAUUCUGUAGGUAUAAAUUAUUUUUAAAAUAAAAUUUUCAAAUGUAUUAUCAAAAUA